AUGGGUUGGAGGAAGAGUACCACAAGGAAACCUCGACCUGUCUCUCAGCUGGUUGCACAACAGGUUCCUCAGCAAUUCGUGCCCCCUACACAAUCAAAGAAAGAGAAAAAAGACAAAGUAGAAAAGGAGAAGAGUGAAAAGGAAACAACAAGCAAAAAGAACAGUCAUAAGAAAACCAGGCCAAGAUUGAAAAAUGUGGAUCGAAGUAGCGCUCAGCAUUUGGAAGUUACCGUUGGAGAUCUGACAGUCAUAAUUACAGACUUUAAGGAGAAAACUAAGUCACCACCUGCUUCCAGUGCUGCUUCUGCAGAUCAACACAGUCAGAGUGGUUCUAGCUCUGACAACACAGAGAGGGGAAUGUCCAGGUCGUCCUCACCCAGAGGAGAAGCGUCAUCACUGAAUGGGGAAUCUCAUUAAAGUUUAUUUCCUCCAGUUUCUUUAGCCUCUUCUCUUUGAAACAUGCAAAUACAUAACUUCUGUCGCCUGUUACCACAUUUUCAUGACAGAUUACCCAUGCACAAUUGCUGUGUUGACUGGAACAUAAUUUAUGCAGUUAAAAAAAAAAAAAAAGUGCAGUGGUAGAAACAAUAAUUUAAAUGCAAUCUACAAAUGCUUACAAAGCAUUUUCAGACCAACUUUUUAAUCUUCAUGUGUAAAGGUGCCAUGAAAAUGUGGUUUGAAUGUUCAUUAUGCAGUGUUAUUGGUAAGUCCAUUUUCACUUUUAGUUUAGUGAAUUCUAACACGACACUUGGAGUCUCUACUAUUGGCAUGUACUGAAUUAAAAUUUUUAUAACAUAGUUCAAGCUGCCUAAAUAUGUAUUAUUUGAGAAUUGUGAAACAUAGUUAUAUGUAUGCAAGUCAGAGAUCAACUUAAUCAACUAUUGCUGCAACAGAAUUUUCAUAAUAAUUAUCUUCUUAAAAACACCUGCUGGUACUUGGUGUGGUUAAAUAGGAAAAAUGUUAUUAAAUAAAACAUUUGUAUGAACUUUUGCCAAUGUUUGACACAUUUUACUAGAUUACUGUUACUGAAUUAUGUUGAUGGUUUUACCAAUAUUUUUUCACACUUAAAACACUUAUUGUAAUGUUUACAAACAAAAUAGAAACCAUGUUCUAAGCAUUGAUUGGUUAACCUUACAAUUCAGGUGAAGUACUACACUGUCACUGUACACUGGUAUUCUGUGUUGUGUAACAAAUAUUGAACCUCAGAUGACUAUGCAUUUGACAAAAACUAACAUUUGGAAGUAAGAAAGUUUGGAAAAGCUUUAAAAAUAACAGAAGUGCAGUUCUUAUUUCUGCGUAGUGCUGUUUCCUUGCCCCAAAUUUAUCUACUGUCAUACAGUCACUUAGCAUUUCAUCACGGGAAUAUCAGAUGUUGCACAAGAGUAAGGAAAUAACAGUGCUAUAAACUUUUUGUUCCUGAAUCAAUUUUGUUUUGAUUUGGCCUGUUUUUAUGAAUAUUUUAUGUCAUAAAUCACAUGAAAAAAGUCAGUACCCUACUUUAUGGCAUAAACUGUCAACAUUUACGCACUUAGCAAUAUACUGAUACAGAGCAGAACUAUUUACGAUCCCAUCUGGUAUAAUGUAAAAUCACCAAUAAAAUAUUUUUGUGAA